UUGGAAUCCUUUAACAUUACUAGAGUUCAAGGUAACAACGAUUCACCUGUAGGUAAUUACUGUAUUUGUCUUUUUCUUUCGUUUACUCAACUUUUCUAUAUAUACAUCGAAGUCUUCAAAUUGAUUUCAUAGCGUGUUCUGAUACCGACGAGUUGGCAAAAUGAAGGUAAUCGCCAUUGCAUUGGUCGCAAUUAUUUGCGCCGUUUCUGCUCAAUUUCCAAAUGGGAGAAUUUUGGAGGGACCCGUCCCCAGUCUCUGCGCCCAACGUAACAUUCAUGAGCGCACACCUGAUGGCAAGGGAUACUUCAUGAGUUGGAGAGAUGCAAACCUCCGUGGUACUGAAGAAGAUUGGUUAGGUGCCCGUAACUAUUGCAGACAACGGUGUAUGGACUCCAUCUCUCUCGAAACAAGCGCUGAGAAUGAGUGGAUCAAACAAAAGCUCGUAAACGAACAUGUGAAAUACAUUUGGACCUCUGGUCGCCUCUGCGAUUUCAAAGGAUGUGAACGUCCCGAUCUACAACCGGUUUCAAUCAACGGAUGGUUCUGGACCGCAACUUUCCAAAAGCUCGCACCAACAACCAGCAGAGAUCAAAACGACUGGUCUGAAAGCGGAGGAAUUGGUCGUCCUCAACCCGAUAACCGCGAAGCUCAGCAAGGCGGCGCCAAUGAAAAUUGUCUGGCGGUGCUCAACCAAUUCUACAAGGAUGGUGUUAACUGGCACGAUGUUGCUUGUCAUCAUCGCAAACCGUUCGUUUGCGAAGAAAACGAAGAGUUAUUGAAAUACGUUCGUUACCACAACCCUCAAUUACGAAUCUAAUCUAUUUAAUUUUGCUUUAGUAAGUAGGUAAUUUACCUGAAGACUUGUACAACUUAAGAAUAAAGUUUUAAUUUAUUAAUA